AAAUAUGGGUGAGAAAAUGAAUCAAACCGCGAAACACAAAGCUAAGGAAACUUGCGACGGCGAGCUGAGUGGAGAAUUGAACUGCCGAUCUCCUGCGGAGGCUAGGUCGCAUCUCGAAGCUUUCUUGGAGCCAUUUGGAAACACUGAAUUCUUCUGAUUUUACCUGAAGAAGAGAAGAAGACGCAAAUGGAAGCGGCUGUGGUUGACCCUGGCUCCAAGCUUCUCAAAGCCGGACCUGCCAUACCGGAUCAGGCUCCCUCUAUGAUUAUUCCUACCCAUAUGAAACGUAUGCCGGAGGAUGGAUCAGUUACUGAUAAUACACAAUUUGAGGACGUGACUGUUGAUCCGGUUGUUCGGGGCUUCAUUAAGGAUUGGGAUGCCAUGGAGGAUUUGUUGCACCAUGUUUUAUAUACGGGACUUGGAUGGGAAAUUGGCAAUGAAGGACAGAUAUUGUUUACAGAUCCACUUUCAACCCCCAAGGCUAUCAGAGAGCAGUUGGUGCAAUUGAUGUUUGAGACAUUCAACAUCUCAGGAUUUUAUGCAUCUGAACAAGCUGUAUUGUCACUUUAUGCUGUAGGGCGUAUAUCGGGAUGCAGUGUUGAUAUUGGUCAUGGAAAAAUAGAUAUUGCACCAGUAAUUGAAGGAGCUGUUCAUCACAUUGCGUCACGAAGACUUGAAAUUGGAGGCAUUGACUUGACAAGGUUACUUGCACAAGAACUUGGAAAAUCUCAUCCAAUGGCGAAUAUCAACACAGCUGAUGUUGAGAAAAUAAAAGAAUUAUAUGCUUGUUGUGCUGAAGAUGAGUUGGCUUAUUCGAAAAUUGGUGACUCAUGCCAGCUUGAAACACACACCCUUCCCGAUGGGCAGGUAAUAACGAUUGGAAGAGAGAGAUAUACUGUCGGUGAGGCAUUGUUCCAGCCACAAAUUUUGGGUUUGGACACACAUGGAAUUGUCGAGCAGCUAGUUCGGACUAUUUCAACUGUAUCAUCCGAUAACCACCGGCAGCUACUGGAAAACACUGUUCUAUGUGGAGGCACUUCUUCAAUGACUGGAUUUGAAGAGAGAUUUCAGAAAGAAGCAAGUCUUUGUUCAUCUGCCGUUCGUCCCGCUCUUGUGAAGGCUCCAGAAUACAUGCCAGAGAAUUUGUCCUUGUAUUCAGCAUGGAUUGGAGGUGCUAUACUUGCCAAGGUUGUCUUUCCCCAAAAUCAACAUAUAACCAAGGCAGACUAUGAUGAAAAUGGGCCUUCAAUUGUUCAUCGGAAGUGCUUCUAAUGCCUUCUCAAAUACAUAUCUUUCAGUAUUUGUUUAUCUUCCUACUUUUAGAAUAUUAUAUAGAUGUACAAUGGUAGGAAACUAGUUAUGUACUAUGGAGGCUUGAUAGCUGUAUGAGUAUGGACCUGUAUUUAGCCUAAAUGUAAGCCAUCACAUCUAUUAACUAUGUGACGUAAUAGGAGUGGAUCCUAUUAGUGUAAGUCAUAUUUAACAAUAUCAUGCUAGGGAAGUAGGGAUGGGAUUUUGGAUCCUUUCAUUUAGAACUUAAAUGAAUCAAUUGAAAAAUUAAGGCCAUAUGGUUUUGACA